CCGUCGCCAUGGCAACCACCCCGCCCUCGCUUCCUAUUGGCCGAGCGGCGCGCGGAGCCCGGGCAACCGGCCGGCGCGGCGCGGGUUGCUGUGAAGGGCCGGUUGCGGGGCGGUGGCGGGCGGGGGUCCCGGUCCGCUCCGGUACUGCCGGGCCCCGCCGCCGCCGGCGUGCAGCCGAUCGGCCUCGCCCCGAGCAGCGCUGCCGUCCCGUGAUGUUCGUCAGCCGUGAGGCCUCGUCCCCCGCCGCGCCGCCUCGCAGGAGAGUCUCGCCGUGACCGUGCGUGAGCGCCCGCAGGACGGCCGGGGCAGCCCCGGUGCACGGCCUGGCCGAAGGACGCGCUAGCGGAGCCCCGCCGGGAGGAGGAAGGCGCCGCGCUGAGCCAUGGCCGUGGCCGUCACCACGAAGACGGCAUGGAAGCUGCAAGAGAUCAUGGCCCACAGCAGCAAUGUAUCCUCAGUAGUCCUGGGAAAAGGUUCAGGCCGGAUGCUGGCCACUGGAGGAGACGACUGUCGGGUCAACAUAUGGUCAGUUAGCAAGCCCAACUGCAUCAUGAGCUUGACAGGCCACACAACCCCCAUCGAGAGCCUGCAGGUGAACCCAAAUGAGAAGCUCAUAGUUGCAGGGUCCCGCUCAGGCUCCAUCCGAGUUUGGGACCUGGAAGCUGCCAAAGUUCUUCGUACCCUACCAGGUCACAAAGCAAAUAUCUGCAGCCUUCAUUUCCAUCCUUUUGGAAGCUUUGUGGCAUCUGGCUCUUUGGACACCAACAUUAAGCUCUGGGAUGUAAGAAGAAAAGGCUGUAUCUUCACAUUCAAGGGUCACACAGAAGCAGUUCGCUGUCUCCGCUUCAGCCCUGAUGGGAAAUGGGUGGCCUCUGCUGCUGAUGAUCACACUGUAAAGCUGUGGGAUCUGACUGCUGGGAAGUUAAUGUUUGAGUUUACAGGACACACUGGCCCAGUAAACGUUGUUGAAUUCCAUCCCAAUGAGUACCUUUUGGCUUCUGGCAGCUCUGACAGGACUGUUCGGUUCUGGGACUUGGAGAAGUUUCAAGUUGUGAGCUGUAUUGAAGAGGAGGCCACUCCUGUCAGGUGUGUGCUCUUCAACCCGGAUGGCUGCUGCUUGUACAGCGGCUUCCAGGAUUCGCUGCGCGUGUACGGCUGGGAGCCAGAGCGCUGCUUUGAUGUGGUCUUGGUGAACUGGGGAAAAGUAGCUGACUUGUCUAUCAGCAACAACCAGCUGAUAGGAGUUUCCUUUGCACAAAGCACAGUCUCUUCCUUCGUUGUGGAUCUCAGCAGAGUCCCAAAGUCAGAUUCUGUUCCUCAUGGGUUGAUCAGGGACGACCAGCCUCUUGUGCCACCCACCCCCACAGGGUCCUCCCUUCGCCGCAUCUAUGACAGGCCCUCAACGAGCUGCAGCAAGCCACAGAGAGUGAAGCACAACUCGGAGAGUGAGAGGCACAGUCCUAGCAGUGAAGAUGACCGGGAUGAGAAGGAAUCAAAGGCUGAGAUCCAGAACCAGGAGGAUUACAAAGAGAUCUUCCAGCCCAAGAAUGCAAUCUGCCGAACUCCUCCUCGAAAUGAGCCCUUUCCUGCCCCUCCUGAGGAUGAGCCUGGAACUGCAAAGGAAGCAGUGAAGCCCAGCCAAGCUGUGGAUGUGCAGACCUCGCUGCCAAAGCAGGAGCCCCCUGAUCCAGUCCAGAGGCCACCAAUUGCCUCCUCAACUUUGAGCAGAACAGAGCCAUCAGUGAUUCCUGCAGCCAGGAAUGAGCCCAUUGGACUGAAGGCCUCUGACUUUCUCCCAGCUGUGAAGAGCCAAAGCCAGACGGAGCUGGUGGAUGAGGAGGCCAUGUCCCAGAUCAGGAAGGGCCACGAGACCAUGUGCGUGGUGCUCACCAGCCGCCACAAGAACCUGGACGCCGUGCGCGCUGUGUGGAGCACCAGUGACAUCAAGAACUCUCUGGACUCUGCAGUGGCAAUCAAUGAUCUGUCUGUUGUCGUGGAUCUCUUGAAUAUUGUCAACCAAAAAGCGUCUCUCUGGAAGCUGGAUUUAUGUACUAUAGUCCUGCCACAGAUAGAAAAACUACUCCAAAGUAAAUAUGAAAGUUACGUGCAGACUGGCUGCACAUCCUUGAAACUCAUUCUCCAGAGAUUCCUGCCACUCAUCACAGACAUCCUCGCUGCACCACCUUCUGUUGGAGUGGACAUCAGCAGAGAGGAAAGGCUUCAAAAAUGCAAGUUGUGCUACAAGCAGCUGAAGAACAUCAGCAAUGUUGUCAAGAACAAGUCUGGGCUCAGCGGCCGCCAUGGUAGUGCCUUUCGGGAGCUGCUUCUCCUCAUGGCUGUCCUGGACUAACAGCCACCACCUCCUCAUGUACAAAUACAGGUGGCCAAGCUUC